UUCUUUCUCACUGACCCGAAAUACUUCAUUGAGACCCACUGGCCUGAAGACCCAGCAUGGCAGCUGGUUGAACAACACGUCUCACUGGAAGACUUUGAACAGAGAGUCUUUAAAACAUCUGAGUUUUUCAAGCUUCAGCUCUCCCUUCUCUCUCCAGACAUCUCCCUUCUCAAAACAGCUCAUGGGGAAGCCACGGUGGCCCUGAAGAGUGCACAUCCAACAGAUUUUAGCUACCACCUCUCCAAGCUCUCUGGUGAAGUUAGCAAAGAUGACAUGGGCACGACUCAUGGGAUGAUGACAGUGUCCAAGCAGAGCAUGACUCUCAAAGUUACCCCCCCAACGGAGGGCUUGUUCGACUUGAUGGUCUUCGCGCGGCCAUCAGACUCUCCGGGCCCCUAUCAUUGGGUGUGCUCCUAUCAAAUCCAGUGCCUGGAGCCCAACAGUAGAGAAAACCUACCUGAAAACCCCUUCCAUUUCUGGGGCCUUCAUCAAAAGGUGAAGGACUUUGGUAUCGAGGACUGCAGCUGGAGAGGGGACCUGGUGGUCGCUGCAAGGGGAUCAUUGCUCUUGACUUUACAGACCACGCGGCCCUUGCUGGCCACAUAUGAGCUAGUUCACCAAGAGUUAGACGCUUCUCUGAGCAAGAAGUGCCUGGCAUCGCAAGCAGAGGAAGACAAGCUGAGUUGCCACGUGCUGUGUCCUUUUCGGGGCUACUACCGGCUCUCGGUGUUUGUGAAAGACCUAGGAGACACCGUGUUCGAAAACGCAGCCAACUUCCUCAUCCGUUGCUCCGGCCCCAUCAAUCGGAACGAGCUCUUCCCAUCUGGCCUCAGCAUGCACUGUGGGAGCGGGACUUACACCCGUGGAAGGGGCCUUUCCAACCCCAGCCACCCUGCCCCCAUCAUCACCACCAUGCAGGGCAAGUGCAAUAUCACUUUCCACGCGCGGCCCGACGUCGAAGUGGCGGCCGUCCUGAGCAAGGACAACAUCACCAACAACAAGUACCCCAUGGAGAGAUACGUCCUCCUCACUCACCUGAGAAACAAGGUCAGCGUGUGCAUCCUGCUUCCUGAGCCAGGCAUCUACAAAGUGGGGCUCUUUGGCAGGAACAAGGACCACAAGGACUUCGCCCACAUCUGCGACUACAUCAUCCGCUGUUUCUCCAACCCCCGGUGGCCCCCUUUCCCCAGGGUGUACAGCCUGUGGAGGAGAGGGUGCAUACUGCUACAGCCCCGAACUGGCGUGCUCCAGGAACAAAGCUGGGUCACAUUUCGGGUCAAGAUGCCCAAAGCCUACAAAGCUCUCGUCAUUGGGCAUGCCAAGACCGAGCUGAAGCCAACUCAGAGCAAGAUCUGGGAGGGGGAAGUGCAUACAGGGCCAGCUGGGACUCUGCUCAAACUGGUGGCUAAAUUCAGCCAGCAAUCUACCAGCAUGGAGGUUGUCCUCUCAUUUGAUGUGGGGUCUUCAGGGUAAACGAUCUGGGGGAGAUGAGGAAAGACCCCAAGAGCCCAGGAAGGAAAGAAGAACUAAUCAGACUGGAAGGGAAAAGAACAACCCCAAAUACCACGUCAGGUGGACUCUCAACAUUAUACAUGGUGCAGCCUCCUCCUUGCAGGAUAUUACAGCACUCCUCUCACUUGGACAUGGCGUGUCAAACUGAUCAGAGCCAGCACACCGAGGUCUCU